ACAUUCAGCGUCUGAGUAUGGGUAUGUUGGAGAGUUCGUUACAGGAAUAGCUUUUCACAACACAUACGCCAUAUAACUGUCCUCAAACACAUCAGCACUGACGCCUUGAGCUCGAUGCCUAAUUUCGUGCUCCCCCAUCCAUAACUCAAGUCGACUUAUUUGAUUGACGGCUCCAUAUUUUUUGUACGAUUUUUUUCUUCUUCUGUGGCUUCAGAAAGGACAAAAACGGGGUAAUACAGAGCGAGGAAAAGAGGGAGAAGAAAAUAACAAACGCUGCUGGAAAGAAAGUGCGAGCUCAAGAGCACUGGGAGCGACCCAGGGUCAAGACUGUGAAAAAUACACAUAUAUUUCAAAGACAAAGGAGUGUCGACUUUUGCUUAUUUCUGUAUUUUAGGGAAAUUGGGCACGCCGACAUCAUAAUUAUUUUACAUCAGAGGACAGCGUAACCGAUCACCAUGACGACAGAAAUGCAGGAGAUCGCCAUCACGGAGGAGAAGCCUUUACUGCCGGGUCAAUCGGACCCUGUGAAGGACUGUGCAGAGGUCGCGGCCCGAAUACUACUGGAUCAAGGCCAGGAGCACAGUGUGGAGACACCUCAUGGCGUGCUGCACGUGACGGUUCACGGUGCCGGAAACGCACGCAGACCGGCCAUACUGACCAUCCAUGAUGUGGGAAUGGACAGUAAGAGCUGUUUCUCCACCCUGUUUAAGUUUGAGGAGAUGCAGGAGAUCGUGAAGAACUUCACUGUGGUCCAUGUCGAUGCUCCGGGACAGGAAGAAGGCGCGGCCAUUUAUCCUGUUGGAUACCAGUACGCAACCAUGGAUCAGAUCUCUGAGAUGCUUCCUGCUGUUCUGCAGUACUUUAAUUUCCGCACAAUUAUCGGUGUUGGAGUCGGAGCUGGUGCUUACAUACUGUCCCGAUUCACUUUGUCAAACCCUGAAGCUGUAGAGGGGCUCGUGUUAAUCAAUGUGGACACAAACGCACGAGGCUGGAUGGACUGGGCCGCCCAGAAGCUCUCCAAUCUGACGUCUUCCCUCGCAGACCAAAUCCUGAAUCACCUCUUCAGUCAGGAAGAGUUGUCGAGAAACACAGAGCUCAUUCAAACUCACAGAGAGAGAAUCGCUAAAGCGCCGAACCUCAUCAACGUCGAACUCUUCUGGAAGAGCUACCUGGGUCGCAGAGAUCUGAGCAUCGAAAGGAACAACACUUUCAAAUGUCCUGUGAUGCUGGUGGUUGGUGAUCAGGCUCCGCAUGAGGAAGCGGCUGUGGAGUGCAACAGCAAACUAGAUCCAACUACCACCUCAUUCCUCAAGAUGGCUGACGCCGGCGGGAUGCCACAGCUGACUCAGCCCAGCAAACUGACAGAAGCGUUUAAGUACUUCAUUCAAGGCAUGGGAUACAUGGCGUCCUCCUGCAUGACGCGUCUCUCUCGCUCGCGCACCACCUCUCUCUCUUCCUCCUACUCCAUGGAGGGCUCACGCUCCCGAUCCCGCACGCUGUCCCAGGGCUCGCAGGGCGGACAGCUCCCACCGAGCCCGUCCCAUACCAUGGAGGUGUCGUGCUGAGGAGCGCCAGAGAGGGGGAGAGAGAUGGACGGAUGAAACGUUUGAGUCCUGUGGGCGGUGGAAAGUGAGUUUCGUGCGUGACGACGGAUGGGCGGAUGACGACUCUCUCCCUCCCUUCACCGACCCGUCAGGCAAACGAUAGCGACAUGGGCGGGGCCUUUAGUGAGACCCAAAUGUAGUGUUAACCAAUAGUAAUACUUCUAAUAUAAAUAUUGAUUAUAAUAUUAAUAUUAAUAACGACAAGCGUCACUGAAAAAAAUAAAUAACGAUGUUUCUCUUAAUUAUUACAUGUUGAAUUUCUAAACAAAAGAAUAGAGAAAAGAGUAUAUAAGCUCAUAAUGUGUGUCUAUCAACUUCUAUGUGAUUUUUUUUUUUUUUUUUUGGUGUGCUUUUUUCUUUCGUUUUUGUAUUUUGUAUUAUUAUUUUUUUUCUCUUAUACAAUCCUGCUGCUGUGAGAGGGGUACAGUAUUUUCGGAGACGUUGGCGACAGUUUUAGGCCGAACGAAGUACUCGUCUCUGUAGUUGACAGCCAGCUCAUGUCUUCCAUUUGAUCCUUUGCGAAAAAAGCUAUAUACAUAAAAAACGAGAAAGAAAAAUACUGUAAUUAUAUUUUACUUUGAUUUGUUUGGUUGAGGGGUCAGGGCCUUUGGGGUCUUUGCCUGUUCUGAAUUGCAUGCCGGAAUUUUCUUGACCACGUCCGUCUCUGUUUUUUUUUUUUUUUUUUUACGUUUGUUUUAUUUCGGUGAGAGUGUGUGUGUGUGUGUGUGCAUGCGGUCUUGGUGCGUUAAUAAAAACGCGACAGUCACAGGAGUUGUUGUUUUGAAGUCAACGGGAAAUGACGUUCACAUGUAACUUCUGUAAGCUAAUGUAUUUUCAUUGAAACAGGAAAUUCAUUGAGAAUAAAUGUAAGACAGGAUUAUCUGUGAGGAACUGAUUGCAUGGUGAAAAGUGUCUCUGUAAGAUGGUGGUUGAGAAGUAAAAUAAAUUAAGGACGGCAGUCGAAAAGGAAAGUUGUUUCAGAGGCGGAGCGAGUUUGAUGAAAGACGUGCACUGAUUAAUCAUUCAUAGUAAGGGCAGAAACAUUAAAAAUGAGUGUGUUUACAUGUACAACGAAACUAUCAAAUUCAGCUCAUUGUGAAAACUCACCUUUAGGAUUUACCAGCGUAUCAAUAAAUCAAAGAAAACUGUUUACAUGCGAGUUUGACAUUAUCCAUUUUUCCCGUUGCAAUCACAAAGCACAUGUCAGCCUGCAGGGCAAAUUUCUGAGUCAUUUCUUUAGAAAUCUAUUCUAGUUUCAUAAACGAAAAACUAGAAAUGUGUCGCUUGUGUGUGUCAUGAAUGAGCCGACAGAGCGCUUAUAAAGGCAUUUCAACUUUAUCUCAUGGGAUGUGUAACUAUCUUAUGUUUUUGCGUAUUGGUGGUGAAUUAGUAUUAUGUGAUUUCUACAAAAGCGUGAGAUUUUUGGAAAAAAAAAAAAGUAAGCAUGAAGUUCCACCCUUAAAAUUGUACAGAACGUACGAAUGAGAAUUCAUACCAUUUGCCACCAAUGUAAAAUAGUUACGAAUUGCCACAAGAGUGUGUUGGUCGUGGUACAUCAUGUACCUCCUCUACAUCAUUUACCAGUGUACCAAUGUAUAUUGGUACAUGAUCUGAUGAUUUGGCAUGUAGAGGCUUUUCCCAAUAAAAGCCCACUGUUUAAGGCAUUAUUAAUCAUAAUCGAUGUAAGGUCAUGCAUGCGAACACACUCAUUCAGUCCAGUUAUAAAGCAAUCACAGCUGGUACUCUGAUGUAGUUUGAGAAAAAAACUGCAGGAUGAAUAUUAGCCAGUGUGAUGGUGAAUUUUAGGAAUAAUGAUUUUUAUUCAAGCAGAUUCUGACCUGCAAGCAGGAAUUCAUCUACAGUCUGUCUUCUUCAUUGACUUUUCAACCUGAUCUCAUGAUAAAACGCAACUAUUUUACGAGGUGGUGAUUCCGUAUGAAUUUGUAAGAUAUGGUUCCAUUUUUGCAAAAACGCAAGCAUGAAGGUUCACGCCUAAACCUAAGCAUCAGAGGGGUGUAAAGAGAUCAUACUAAAACAUACGAAUGGGAUCAGUCACUGUGAUUUUGCCAAGUAAGACAUAUUUUGUUGAUCCUGGAACAACAUUGCAGUCUGAAAAUUUUGUCCUAAAUCUACCCAUAAGUUAUCCCUAAAAUACGAUAGGUGAAUAACACUGAUAAAGAAGCACCUAACCCUGUUUGUGAACUUAGACUUGACAUAAACUGCAAACUUCUCCCUCAAAUCUGAUUGGUUGAUUGGAAUGUUGUUCCAGGAACAAUAAAGAUGUCAGUCCAGUGAAAUCACAUUCACUUGAAUUGGGUUCACACGAAUUAGCCACCAAUUUGUCGAAAUGUAAAAUAGUUAUUAAUUGCAGUAAGUUGUGAGUUUUUGAGUGUGUACCAUGGCAGUACCAGAUUUGUGGACAUGUACUAUCGUUGUACCAUGGUAUUUUUUAAAGGGUUCACCCAGAAAUAAAAGUUCUGUCAUUUAUUACUCACCCUCAUGUCAUUCCACACCCGUAAGACCUUCGUUCAUCUUUGGAACACAAAUUAAGAUAUUUUUGAUCAAAUCCGAUGGCUCAGUGAGGCCUCCAAGCUUUACGAAUCUUGUUUCAAAUCAGUGGUUCGAAGCGCGUAUCAAACCACCAAAGUCACGUGAUUUCAGUAAACGAGGCUUUGUUGCGUCAUAAGUGUUUUGACAUGUUUUGAAAUUUCAGUGCUUCACGUGACUUUGGCAGAUUGAUACAUGCUACGAACCACUGAUUUGAAACAAAAGAUUCGUAAAGCUUCGAAGCUUCAUGAAGAAGUAUUUUGUAAUCGCCCAUCACUAGAUAUUGUUGAAUGAACUCAUUAUUUUGUUUUUUUGCCACACAAAAAGCAUUCUCGUCGCUUCGUAACAUUAUGGUUGAACCAUUGUAGUCACAUGAACUGUUUUAAAUAUGUCUUUAGUACCUUUCUGGGCGUUAAAAGCGUUAAUUAUCUUGCUGGCAAUGGAGGCCUCACUGAGCCAUCGGAUUAUAUCAAAAAUACAUUAAUUUGUGUUCCGAAGAUGAACGAAGGUCUUACGGGUGUGGAAUGACAUGAGGGUGAGGAUGACAGAAUUUUAAUUUUUGGGUGAACUAACCCUUUAAACUACAGUGGAGUACAUUAUCAUAGUACAGUAUAUGACUAUGGUAAUCAUCUAGUUCUGUGGUAUCAAAAUACCAUGGUACUGCCACGGUACUGUAACCCAGUUAGUCGGAAGUGUUUCAAUGGAAAUGUUAAGGGCUGGCUCAUGGGGAUGCACAUUUGUUUUGUUAUUUUGAAUGGCCGUCCCUGGAUUUAACGUAACUUGAGAGCACUAGUUUGGGUUUAAAGUGUACUUAAAGCCAUGGAGGCAUCUAAUGCUUAACCAUAGUGACUUGUACACAGAGUAAAAACAGUGCGUGUCCAAAUGUGCGUCAGCGCGUUCUGACAUGCCUGAGCAUGUGUGAGGUGCUUAAACUUUCUAAAGCACAAUAAGGGAAUCUGUGUGAGUUUGUUUAGAAGAAUAGUGACGAUUCAAAGCGCUUGUGGUAAAAUUUAGUUUUCUGACUAACCAGCCCCUUCACUGCCAACAGGGUUUAGCCAUGUUAGUAACCCAUUAGCUCCAAGAGCUCUUCCAAUCAUCAAGCCAUUGAGAUUAGUAAGUUAGCAUAGAUGCAAUGUAGAAACUGGAAAAGACUUUACGACCUCUGUACCAGUGAAGCGACAUAUAGAGUGCUCAAAAGAAUACCGAAAUCACUGCGGGUUUUUGCGAUAUUUUUGACACGAUUGCUAACACUUGCCAAUAACAACAUAGACCAAAACUGUUCUCACAUCUGCAAAUGCAUCGUAACAAUCACAUUCAGCAAAACACUGCCCUGCAAAUAACAAUAAAUCAUUAAAUGAUUAUACAAUGUUAAUUGGAAAGUUUUUCCAGUAGUGCCGUGCGCAUUCGUAUGUUUGUGCGUUCACGAGCAUCAGAGCUGCAGCACUUUGUUCGUAGAGAUUCUCAAAUCACAUUUCACUUGUCUUCAUGCUGUUUUAGAGAUGUUUUACUUUGUUUACGAAUUAGUGGGAUGUGUAAGCAGAAAACAUGGUAUUUUUCUUCUUUCUUUCUAAUGGAAAGCUCAUGUUGGAAUCAGCGUGGGAUGUUGUUAAUGUUAUGUUAAUGAUCGCGAUCAACAUGUAGACUGAAACAUCAUCCCAGAUUCACGUGAGCCUUUACCAAAAAUAGAAAUAGUUCAAAUCUGAAACGUUUUACCAAAUACAUAGAGAAAUAACCAUAAAAAUGUGAGAAUUUAAAUGAAAAUAAUGAGGGAAUAGGACGGAUUAGGUCGUUGUGUGUGUUGAGACGGUGUGAAUGUAAAUGUGUGUCCAUUUUCUUUCUUUUUUGUUUUUUGACUCUCCUCAAUGAAACCCUUUUUUCACCUUUUAUUUUCUGUGAAGUAGAUUUGCGUCUCAAUGUCCUCAUGGGUUAGACAUCAGUGUGCUAGUUCUUGUGUAACUUUUUUAGCUUUAGCACUAAAAAAGGAAAUAAUGUAAUUAAUAAAAAAAAUUAAAAAAUAAAAUGUCAUGAAUAACAGAAUGCAAUCAAAAUUAAUUGUGUGGCUAAUUUCUCUGUGUAUUACUAUGAACAACUGGAAAAAAGUAAUUAAAGGGAUCAAAAUGA